AUGCCCGACGACGGCCGGUGCUCCCUGAUGGACGCCUUCUCCGGCGCCAUGACCCCGCAGCCCGAGCUCGCCGCCCUCCUGCGGUACUACAAGGUCGACCCCCACGACGGGAAGUACAGGACGGGCGUCGAGAAGGUGGUGGUCUCCGCGCCCUCGGCGGCGCUCCCCGUGAUCGCCGUCCUCACCAGCGACUGCAGGGUCGUCGUCUCGACCCGCCGCCCGGGCGGCGAGGUCAACUCCUGCCUGGUGCUGAGCGAGUUCUCCAUCAUCGACAUCGCUCUGUUUCAAGGGAAGAUCUACGGCCUCUCCCACAACGAGGAGCUCCUCGGCUUCGAGCUCGGCAAUGGCCGCCUCCAGAAGCCGACCUCGGCAGGAGCCAGGCCCGACGUGGUAGGCGGCGUCCCGCUGAUAGAAGCCAGUCGGGCACACGACUCCCACGACAGUUCUCGUUACAUACGCUACAGGAUUCAGAAAAGAUUUCCCGACAGCGUGGCCCGGCUGUACCUCGUCGAGUCCGACGGCAGGCUGCUGAUGGUGAGGCGAUGGGUGAGAUGGGACGCGCUGGAGAGCAUGGCGAGGCGGUGCGUGAGAUCGGCCGCGGACGGGCCGGGUGGUUACAGGCGCAUGGAGCGGACGCAGCGGCUGGACGUGUUCGAGGCGGAGCUGGGAGACGGCAGGCCGCGCGUUGGCCGGUGGAAGAAGGUCGACGGCCUGGGUGGCCGGGCGAUCUUCGUGUGCGCACGGUGCUCCAAGUCUGUCCCCGCCGGUGACGGAGCUCGAGAAGAUUGUGUCUACUUCCUGCGACGCCAGUACCUUGGGAGGAAGCCCGGUGAUGGCUCGCUCGGGGACUCCGGCGUGUUCGACAUGAGACGUAAAACUAUCACGCCGUUGCUGCCGGAGUCAUCGGCGCCGGUGCCCCUGCCGUGGGAUAGCCCGCGGUUUCCGACGUGGUUCUUCCCCGUUGAAUAUUGA